CACACGCGACGAGAGAGGUACGAAAUGACUUCUGCUUAGCUUUCUGCUAAGUACGCACAUCACAACAUAUCUUCCAUCGCGUAUAUAUAUAGCGAUUCUUGCUUGGCGUGUAAAUUUUUACGUUUGCUGCGAAAAUUAUUUCAGGAGCUGGAGAAAAUGAGACGGGAAAAUAUUACGUGUCCAUGUGCAGUGUUGUGUGCAAAAAAGGGGGUGCCAUGCUGACCACGCGGUUCUACUCGUUCUUGCAUCUUUGAAGAGAGAGAGAGUGAGAGAAAACAGAGAGUUGCUGCUGUCUAUUUAAAAAAAAAUACUCUCCAAGGAAAGGAGAGAGUCGAGGCCUCAGACACGUAGUGCACAGACAGUUGGAACAGCUCCAAGUUAAUUGCGCCGUGCACGUCACGCGUACCGUGUCUCGGCAGUCUCUCUCUUGCAUCUCUAUCCCUGGGCCCGUAAAAGUCAACUCCUUUUGUUCCUUUGUGCCUAUAUGCAGACUGAGUUCAAAAACAUGUUUUGAGGCAUCAGCACAUUGAUGGUAAUUGAUACCAGAGAGCGGUCGCAAAGGCUGAUCGGAAUAAUGGCAUUGGCAGGCGUAGCUGGUCUGAAAAAGAACGGCUCAAGGAAUGCAGAAUUUGACAGUAUGCUGGUUAAAAAACGUUUGACAAAGUUGAAUCUGAGGAACGACGAUCAGAGGCUGAAGUUGGAUUUGUGCUUGAUUUUAAACAGGAUCCACUGGUUGACCUAAGUGGCUCUUUUUAUUUUUUAACAUAGAACUUUGUUCCUCGUCCUCUUGUUGUUAUUGUGUUCGACAGUAUGUGCUUUAUUUCUAAAGAAACUUUUAGACUUGUGUGAUAUACAGUGUUCUAGUAAAUUCCUACAUUUGGAAAAUGCAUUGUAGAGAAUUAGAUUUAGUGCUGAAUCAUAGUUUGAAAACAAAUUGUCAGUCACGUGUAUAUGCUUGAAGAUCUUUUCAAAAUCCUGGUGUAUUUGUAUUUAAAGUUUUGUGAUCAGUUGACGAAAACAUUUUUACUUUAAAUAUGGGGGAUAUUAAUGAUGAGGACAUUAAAAACCUUAUUGCGCAUUUUUCUCAAAAAAAUUAUGAAGCUAAAUCUACAAACGCAAUGGACACAGCAAUCAUGAAAAAAUGUAUUGAACUUGCAAAACGUGACUACGAAUGUGAAAUAGUCUACAAUGAUACUGGUGAACUGUGUCCUCAGUACCCUCGUCAACUCAUAUGCUUUAAAAAAGAAAAGGAUCUAUUCUCGGGCGAGUACAUGAUGUUUCCUAAUGAAAGCAAAUGUGAUUUUUCAAAAUUCAAGCAAAAAGUCAUAAAAGCGAGCGUCGCGAGAUGCCGAGAAAGAUUUCCAGUGCCUGUUCUUCUCUACAAAAACCGACACAUCUGUCGUUCUGCCACAUUGUCCGGUGCUGCUGAGGUUUACACUAGGCUAGGAUUAAAGUACAUUUAUUUUGACAACAAAGUUUGGAGCGAUAAAGACGUCAAAGAGUUGGACGUGGAAGAGCAGGAAAAGAUGGAGAAAAAUUGGACUUUUUUGAGUUACGUUUCCAGUGCCAGAAGAGACGACAUUGAUCUGCUCAAGUACCUUGGUGUCGAGGUCAUCAGCGAUUUAAUGGUCGAGAAUAAAAAACAAAAGUUUGGAAUCUAUAUCACGUCGUCUGAAAAAAUUGACAAAGAGAACCGAUAUUUUGAUUUCACGAUCUUGUCGCAACCAUAUCCGGGUUGUGAGUUCUUUAAAAAAUUACGUAGAAACAACUACGUGGCUGAUGACUUGUUUUACGAUUGGAACCAGCACUUUGUCGACGCCGAAAUCAGUGUGGCCGACAAAAUGAACGGUGAUAUAGCCGCAAAGCUACAGAUCAAGUGGGACGACUACAGGAAAUGGGAUCUCAACACCAUAACGCAAAAUUACAUACAGCUGCUGUUAAAGUACUUGACUGAAGACACGGGCAGUCUGCUCAUUCACUGUAUAUCAGGCUGGGAUCGCACACCGUUGUUCAUAUCUUUACUACGACUGAGCUUAUGGGCCGACGGAGUUGCUCACCGAUCGCUGACCGCGCACCAAAUACUGUACUUCACGAUAGCCUACGACUGGUACCUUUUUGGUCACAACCUGAUAGACCGAUUGUCCAAGAACGAAGAGAUUUUUUACUUCUGCUUCUCGUUCCUCAAGCACAUAUGUGACAACGAAUACAGCGUCCACGUGAUUGACGAGUCGUUCGAUGUUAUCGAUGCCGGCGAUAUCGCCACCAAUUUGUCUGUCGGCUCGAAUAAGAGCGUGUUCAGUCAGAACGGUAGCAGGCACUGCCAUGACAUUUUGCCACCGGGUCAAAUAUUCCACCUCGAAUCACAAGAGGACGAAUUGAUCAAUGGUAACGUGAUGCCUUCCUCGCCAAAUCGCGAUCUGGUGACGAACAACGGCUCGCCUCGGUCACCGCCCAUCUCGCUCAUGAAUAAGUACGUAGCGACAAAACGAACGUCACCGGUGCCGGUGCCAGGAUCUCGCGACAACGGUCUGCCACUGCGCGCACGUUCCGUGUCGACGGGCUCGUCCGACAGCUCGUUUUGUUACGUGACAUCGACGGGCAGCGUCACCAAUUCGAUCAAGAGCCAGAACUGUACUUCCCGGCUCUCUACCGAUACUCUCACCGAGGAGAAUUUAAAGCCAAACAGAAGAGAGAGACUGCUGAAAGUGCGGCAGAUAGCUAUGAGUGCCUACAGUCAAGUUAUCGGCAUGACUCUUAUCCAUUAGAGGAAUUUGAAUAAUUGUUGAAAAUCGUGGGUAGGGAAUUUAGACUCUAUGCGAAAAGUACUUUUUUUUGCCAAUAACAUUGCGUUCGCUAAAUUUGUAACUUUGAACGAACGAAUGUACGAAUAAUCAUACUGAAGAUGAGUACUUAUUAUUACAACGUUUCGUGGCCUAUGGAAAAUUAGAUGAGAGUGAAAUUUGCUUGGAAAAGCGGCUAACGCGCACAUGUUUCGAAAUACACUCGUAUACGUUUGUAAGAGCAAAUUUUACUCUUUUUUUUCUUUUAAAUUCAAAAACCUUCAUCUAAGGUAUCCAUGGAAAAUUGACUUUUUUUUUUUUUUAAUUUUUACCUAUACAUUUUUCGCUGUUCAGAAUUUUUCUUGAUGGUGUGCUUUAUAAAUCUGUAAAAUCGUGGAAACUAUUUUUUUUUCUAUUUAUUCGAGAGUAUUUAUAUGCUAAGGAAGGGUUAACUGUUUUGAGGUAUUAGUGUUGAUUUUAUUGUACAUAUAAAACGCUCGUUAUUUUUAUAUAGUUGUAUUGAGAAUAUUCCUAAAAAUUUGGGAGUAUUUUGUUUCGCUUUAUUAUAAGAAAUCAUGAGAGAAUUAACUUUUAUAAAAGUGUUCAUUUUAAAAGUAUACUUUAGUUGAUAAGUUGAAACAUUUAAAUGUAAAAUGAACGAAGUAUGCUUCAACUUUUA